AUGGCUGAAGCAAAAUCCUUUCCAUUAGCUAUCGUUAAAAUUUCAGUGGAUAACGACAUUCCUGAAGAUUUAAAAAAUCAAGAAGAAAUAAUGGCAUACAUGUUAGGGUGUAUGACAGUCACUGAUAUUCCAGAAUUGUACUCUAAAGCUAUUGCUUUUGCACCUCUUGGGUCUCACGAACUAGCUAGAGCAUAUAGUGACCGUUCAGUUGCAUUGUUCAAUAAAGGCUACUAUGAAGAUUGCUUGAAAGAUAUAGAGAGAGCCUCACAAAUCGGAUAUCCCAAUGAAUUGAAAACGGAAUUAUAUACUCGUCAAGCUAAGGCUUUAUGGGCAAUUAAACCAAUAAUGCGUCCUGAAGUUCAAAAAGCAAUAACUAAAGCUCAGUGUUGGAUGUCAGAAAUAGAUGAAACAAGUCAACAAAAGAUUAAAACAUCUCUGAGUUUAUUAUUGAAAAAUUAUUCGCUAAACGCAUCAUUCACACACUACGACUUUAGCAAAUUUUUACCACCAACACCUCAAGAUAAUCCUCAAAUAGUGGGAGCUUCCAGUGCUAUAGAGCUAAAAUAUUCUGAAAAUUAUGGACGUCAUAUUGUUGCUACAAAAGAUAUUAAAGUUGGCGAAGUUGUUUUUGUACAAAAAGCCUAUGCGCUCAUUAAUUCUCGCCAUCUAUGGUAUAGCUAUUGCUGGUAUUGUUCGAAACGUACAUGGUCUAGUGUAUCUUGCGAGACUUGUGUUCAUGUUAUUUAUUGCAAUGAAGAUUGCCGAGAUAAAGCAUGGAAUGAAUACCAUGAUAUGGAAUGUAAAAUUAUAUCUCUGUUAUUGUCAAUGGGUCAGUGUGAAUGGCUUGAUUUGAUGGCUGUAAGAAUAACGAUAAAAGCAAUUAAAGAAGCAGGCUCAUUACAAGCACUAAAAAAUAAUCUUGCAAAAAUCAAUGAAAUGUCAGAUUCGAUUGAAAAAGUUUUAACCCAUGGCUUACAUGACCGCUCGGAAUAUUUUACUGUUUAUUCUUUGGUUCAUGAUGUUUCGUUUAGAGAAAAAUCAGAAGUUGAAGGUCUUUUGUUAAGCAGUGUAUACAUUCUUCAUUCUUUUGCUUCAUCAUCUACAUUGUCUAUGCCAUUUAUUGAUAUGAAAAGAGGAGAUUCACUUGGAUCUUUUGCAAGUUUUUUUAAUCACAGCUGUUUUAGCAAUGUGUGCCCCGCACACUAUGGAAACAUAAUGACAUUCCGAGUCACUCGACAAGUUAAGAAAGGUGAACAAUUAUUCAUAUCUUACGGACCAAAUUUUGACGAACUACCUACGGCAAAGCGAAAAAAACAGCUUAAAGAUGACUAUAAUUUUUUGUGUGAAUGCAUAGCUUGUCGUUAUGAUUGGAAUCCUUCAACUAUUUUUCCGUCUUUGACUAACAAAUCUGUAUUGACUGAAGUUGAAUCAAAGAUAAAGGAUCUAAUACAAAAAAAUGAUAAAACAAUUGUAACAACUAUUCAACCUAUUUCUAAAAGCAACGAGUUGGAUAGUAAUUUAUACACCAUAAAAUCAUUAACUGAUCUUUUAAAUUUAUUCUGUGAAAAUUUAAACUAUCGAUCUCGUGAAAUGUUGUCUUUCAAGGUCUUAUUGGAAUCUAAUUAUUCAAAUCAUGCUGAUAUUCAUAAUGACAAUGCUUUUAUCAUAAAAAAUAUGUAA